GCCCAGAGCGCUGAUUGGCUGCGCGGGCGGAGCCGGGAAGGGCGGGCCCUGCAGGCCGGUCUCCGUGGCCGCGGCCGUUGCCCCGCUUCUCCCGGGGGCUGGCUCCGCAGGUCGGUGCAGGAGGCGGCCGCGGUCCGCAGGGAGGAUGAGCGGCGCCCGCGCCAGACCCAGCCUGCAGGCGCAGCCGGCCGUGAAGAGCGUGCUGGUGUACCGCAACGGGGACCCGUUCUUCGCCGGGCGCCGCGUGGUGCUCCGUGAGAAGGGCUGCAGCUUCGACGCCCUGCUGCGGGAGGCGACGCGCGGCGUCCGGGCGCCCUUCGGGGCCGUGCGGAACCUCUACACCCCGCGGGCCGGGCACCGCGUCCGGAGGCUGGAGCAGGUCCAGAGCGGGGCCAGCUACGUGGCCGGGGGCCGGGAGGCCUUCAAGAAGCUCAGUUACUUGGACAUAGGAGAAAUCAAGAAAAGACCAAUGGAAGUCAAUACAGAGGUAAAGCCAGUAACCCACAGCAGGAUCAACGUAUCUGCUCGGUUUAGGAAACCACUUCAGGAGCCCUGCACCAUCUUCUUGAUUGCAAAUGGAGACCUCAUAAGCCCAGCUUCUCGCCUCCUUAUCCCCAGAAAAGCUCUGAAUCAGUGGGAUAAUAUACUACAAAUGGUCACAGAAAAAAUAACUCUGAGGAGUGGGGCUGUCCACAGACUUUACACUUUAGAAGGAAAACCGGUUGAGAGUGGGGCAGAGUUGGAGAAUGGGCAGUUUUAUGUGGCUGUCGGCAGAGAUCAGUUUAAGAAAUUGCCUUACAGUGAAUUACUUUUUGACAAGUCAGCAGUGAGGUCUUAUGGUCAGAAAGCUGCUUCACUGCCUCCUGUGGUGGGACCCAGAAAGUCUAAAGGGAGUGGAAACGAUCGUCAGUCUAAAUCUACAGUUGGAUCCAGCGACAACCCGUCUCCUCAGCCCCCAAAGAGGAAAGAGAAAAAAGAUGUGAAUUCGGGAAAACUCGCAAAAGGGAAACAAAAUUUAAAGUCAAAGAGUUCACCGCAGGCGGUCCCAGACGGCGAUGAAGGCAUUUUCAAAGCCGGAACAGAGAGAUCUGAAACGCGGGGGGCAGCAGAAGUCCAAGAAGAUGAGGAUACUCAAGUUGAGGUUCCAGUCGAUCAGAGGCCAGCAGAAAUGGUAGAUGAGGAAGAAGACGGGCAGAAGGAGAACAAGGAUGCAGAACAGAAAGAAGGCUUUUCAGGAACAAGUGGUGGAGUUGAAGAGGAAGGAAGCGGGGAGGUUAAGGAUGACUCCAAGCAAGCCCCGGAGACGCCGGGUCCCCAGGCAGCACAGGCCGGUCCCGCCCGGGUCAGCAGAGGCACGGAUGAGGAGAACGGCGAGGAGCUGGAGCAGGUCACCAGUGAGCCUCAGGAGGCGGCAGGCGGGGAUGCGGAGGCACGAGCAGCCGGCAGCGAGCAAGAUGAGGCUGACUUAGAUCCUCAAAGACCACCAAGACCAGAAGUAAAAAUCACUAGUCCACAAGAAAAUGAAAACAACGAACCAAACAAGGACUAUGCUGCUGUAGCAUAGAUGAUUUUUAAGAAGAAUGUAAGAAAAAUGAAGGUUUACAAUAUUUGAAUAAUAAGUAUAUAGUUGUUGCUAAACAUAAUAUGGCAAUAUGGUUGAAUACUACCUACUGAAUUUUAAAGUAAGAGGGAAUAGCUACUAAACGAGAGUGACUCCUUUUUAGGGGAUGUGUUUUUUAAAGACAUUUAGAAAAACAAGAGGGAUGGAAGGAGAUUUGCAUUGGAAGUCAGCCAGCCACUUGUCUUUGUGAUUCCAUCACACUCCAUUGUAUACUUUCUUUUAAAUGCCAGCUUAUUUUAAAGCACUUAGCUAAGAAGGCAAAGAAAAUUAAAGUAACAACAGUAGGAAAGCUUGUACUAUUUUUUAAAACAAUAAACUCUUGAAUAAACAAAUUGCAGUUUAGUUUCAGAGGUAAUUUGGAGAUGGCAGGAGAUUGGAAUGUCACCGUGACUUGCUGAGAUAUCUUUUCUCUCUUCCUCUUUAGCCAGCAUCCACCGUAAUGAAUUAAAAAAUCAGUGCAAGGUAUUCAUUUUGGAAGGAAGUGGAUUGGUGAUUGGUAUUGUCCUGCCACCCCUCAGGCACCUCCAGCUUUAAGCCUGUCGUGGCUUCCUGGAUACUCAGAAGGGACUCCAGGAGGGGGGCACCUGUCAUGCACGGGGCCUGGCCGGCUGGAACGUAGGUUCCAGUGACCCAUAGUCCUCCCUGAGCUAGUCACCCUUUAACAACAGAGUCCUCCUCUUCUCCUUCAGGUCACUAUAUUAGCUCAUAAACUCGAUGUUGGCUAUUCCAAAGACUGAAUUCUUAUCAGUUUUUUACAAAAAAGCAAGACACUGCAAGAGCAAAUGGCCAUAUGAGGCUUUGCCACUGCUCAGUGCACUUGGGCUUUACCUCGUUUCUGUUGGGGUUGCCUGGUCAUAUUUUUCCCUGUAGGGAUAACAGCAAAUAUUUAUUUUCAUGGCCAGUUUUAUUUAGACUCAAGCAGAUUCAUAAUUAGAAGCUAUGUGAUAGAAAUUACUGAAAAAGUUUUAAAAUUGUCAUAAUAAAAUCAGUUCCUGAUUACAAUUUUGUGGGCUAAUUAACUCACAAUUAUCUUGUUAGAUAUGUAUGAGGAUAAUUGUAUUUUUUGAAUUCUUAAGGAAUGAUGCAGUUCUUCCUUAAACUUAGAAAUAAUUCAUUUUUCUCAUUAAAGAAUAUUUUUGUGAAUUAAGUACAAGUUAUAAAUUGGAAAUUUUAACUUUUAGUGCUUUUAUAGAAUUCAUUAUUAAUCAUGAGUUUAAAAGACGUUUCUUCCCCUUCAGAUUUCAUAAACAACCAUUUGGAAUCAAAGUAGUUGUAUAAAGCACUUAAUAAUAAUAGAGAAAACAACUGUAUUUCUCCUAGUAGCUAUUUGAAUGUUUCCCACAAAUAGGAAGUAUAAGCAGAGACUUAUGUGACAGUAUUGGAAGAGAUAAUGACACAAGGGCAUGUUAGCCUGGGAGGAUAAAUUCCAGCAUAAAGUCUAGACUGUCCUUCCUGUUAGUAGGACUACAGGCAACAGUCUUGUGUUGCUAGGGAAACAGACUGCCUGGUUUUUUAAUGUUAAAUUUCCACACUCUUACUGGGCCCCAGGCUAAUGAUUUUAAAUAGUUCAUAAAAAUAAGGGAUUAAUUAGGCAUGAGGUGGCUCUUUGUGUUUUCUUUCUUUGAUGAGGAGUUUCUCUCUUAUUUCUUUAAAAAGAUAAUUCUCUUUUUUCUCCUGUUCUGUUCUUCAUUAUAGUAUAAAGUUUGUGUUGGGAACUUUUUAAGAGGCAUCUUAAUGAAGCACAAUGUUAUUUUACAUGAAAAACAAAGUUUGGUACUUUAGAAAAA